GUCGUUUUCUUGAGCCGGGUUCAUGCUUGCAAUAGAGUUUACAGAAUAUCACGGCUGUUAUGCAGGUCCUUUCAGCCAGGAUGGACACUGAUGCUCAGAGUGCCAUCAAUCGCUUACUGAGGAACAUGGAAAAAGUAAAUUUCCAAGGCUACGAGCCAUGCUCACACUCACGGGCUCGCAGACAUCCGAAGUGUCUCAAGAUGUGAUCCAAAACCUGCGGGCUCAGGGCGAGGAUGUCAUCAAAGUCUUAUUUCAACAAAUCGGUGCUACUUUCGCCGAAAUGUCUGAACGUCACACCGGCUCACUCGACAACAUUGUGAUGAUGAUUAGGCAUACCGUGGCUGUCGAAUUAGAAGCUGUGUUUGCGGUCGUUGCUGAACAACAGCAGUUAAACACGGAUCUUUCGGUUCAAGCUAAUUCUCGUUGGAUGUCAAUCGAAGCGAGUUUCGUUGAGAUGCAACAUAACAUCUUACUCCUGACAGAAGCCAGUUCACAAGUCAUCAAGGCACUUGAUGAAUCGACCGAACGCAACCUGGUUCUUGUGGAAGAACAAGCGAACGCAACGCGUACUGCCACUGAACUCGUUGAGUCUCUUCACCGGAUGUCCACAGGAGCACACGACGAACUCCGGAAAAUGAACUCCUCGGUUAUCUUACUUCACCAGAGUCUUCUCCCGAGAACGCACUGGGCUAAAGCGGGAUUUAUGAGAUUUUUGGAGAUAUUUUUGCGGGUCGACGCUGAAUAUCUAGGCUCUCUUGACAGGAUUUAUGUCUUCCAACUGUUAUCCCUGCUUUCUGGUUUUGGCGUUCAUCUCUUUCACGGCAUUGCUUCCUCAUUCAUGAGCAUGCUUGUUCUUCUUUAUUCUUUCCGGAGCUACACAUCAAGACUUCUCUGUAGCUUCCAGGGCGACAGCCAGUCUUCUCGGCAACCAACGCUUGUCUCUCAAACUCCAGUCCUUCGAGAUCAAGGCGCUCCAUCAAGUCGGAGGAGUCGUCAGCAUAGACAUACUCUCCGUGUUUCUCGGAUCCCAGAUCGUCUCUGUCGUUCAGAUCCAUGUUGAAUACUCUACUCGCUCAAUGUUUGCUCAGCUGACGGAUGAACCGACGUUCGGACUCGACUUUGGCGCUUUGGUGUCUCUCGGCUACGUAUCUGGUGGUUCGGCUGCGUCUUGCUCUCUACUAAAUAAAGGCACCUGCACUUUACACUAACU